AUGGCUCGACUCAUCGCCCUCCUGGCCACCGUGCCAGCUUUAGUAUCAGCGGCUGCCAUUAACACAACGUGCCGCUGCUUGCCUACAGAUCCGUGCUGGCCCUCCACAGCAGAUUGGAAAGCCUUCAACGCGACAGUAGGGGGCAAGCUGAUUGCCACCGUGCCUCUGGCCAGCGUCUGCCACUCCUCCUCUUUCGGCUGCUACAGCGCCUCAAAGUGCGAUCAAUUGAAGUCCGUCUGGGACUUUCCUUCCACGCACAUCGAGUCCUCCUCCGAUCCUGUUGCUCCCUUCUUCUCAAACCGCGGCUGUGAUCUUUUCACGGCGCCCGACGCCCAGUGCGUUGUUGGAAGCCUCGUCCAAUACUCCGUCAAGGCCGCAAAUAAGGCCGACUACCUAGCUACUAUCAAAUUUGCCCAGCAAAAGAACAUCCGCCUGGUAAUUCGAAACACGGGCCACGACUACUACGGCAAGUCGACUGGAACCGGUGCCUUGGCUCUUUGGACACACAACAUCAAGACCACCCAGCUCCUCAACUACAACGCAAACGGAUACAAGGGCAAGGCCAUCAAGGUUGGUGCCGGCAUCCAAAACUCCGAAGCUCAGGCCUUUGCCCACGCCAAUGGCCUCGCACUUGUCACUGGCAACGGCGGAUCAGUUGGCUUUGCAGGAGGCUACAGCCAGGGCGGUGGUCACGGACCUUUCGCCACCAAGGCCAACGGCCUUGCUGCCGACCAGGUCCUUGAGUGGGAGGUCGUCACCAGCACUGGCCAGUACCUCAUCGCCACUCCCUCGCAGAACUCUGAUCUUUACUGGGCUCUUUCCGGUGGCGGUGGUGGAACAUAUGCCGCUGUCUUGUCCAUGACAGUCCGAGCCUACCCUGAUUUGCCGUCGUCUGCCGCCAAUCUCACAUUCACCAACCAGGGAGUCACCGAUGAUGCCUUCUACGCCGCCGUUUCGAAGUUCCUGACCACGAUGCCCAGCAUUGUCGACUCUGGCGCAACCGCUGUCUUCCUGCUUGCUCCCGGCAUCUUCUUGUUGCAGCCUGUGAAUGCUCCUGGUGUAACCAAGGCGCAGCUCCAAACACUUCUGAACCCUACACUCGACUACCUGACCGCCAAUGGUAUCGGAUAUGACUUUCACGUCGACCAAUUCCCUACCUUCCUAGAUAGCUUUAAUGCUUAUAACCCUCCUCCCAACGUGACCGAGUACAACAUUGGUGGUCGCCUCAUCCCACGAACUCUCUUCACCACGGCGAGUGGAGCUGCUUCCGUGGUAAAUGUCUACCGAUCCAUCAACAAUGCCGGCGGUGUCGUCUCUGGCGUUUCCCUCAAUGUCGCCAAUGGUACCAAGGUCUCCAAUGCCGUCAACCCUGCAUGGCGAACAGCCAUUACAAGCACUGUCAUUGGCAUUCCAUAUGAUCCCCUCGUCUUCCAGAACAAUCUCAACGCUCAGAGCCUCAUUACCGGCUCGCUGGUUCCUCAGCUGGAUGCCUUGUCGCCCAUCAAGGGUGCGUACCUGAACGAGGCCGACAUGAACCAGCCCAACUUUCAGCAAGUGUUUUAUGGUAGCAACUAUGCAAAGCUCAAGUCCAUCAAGAACAAGUAUGACCCUACAGGAACAUUUUAUGGUCUUACAGCGGUCGGAAGCGACGAUUGGACUGUGAACAAUACUACUGGAAAGCUGUGCAGGAUCGCAUAA